UGGAGGUUUCGAUGUCCCAUUGGGAGUCACAGCAGAGGAUCAGGGGCUGCAUUCCAGCAGGACUUCGUGAGGAGCAGCAUGAAGGGCUGCUCCAAUGGCCAGCCCUGUGUCACGGUGUGUUAUCUGCAGCUGUGGGCACGGUUAGGGGGUCUUACAGAAGGAAGCAGAACUGAGGAGUGGCUCAGUAAGGGGGAAGAAAUUCCACACAGGGACAGAAAGAAACAGAAACCAAAUGGGGACGUGGUGAGUGAAGGUUUGUGGAAGCUCCUCACACCUCUUGCUCUAGGGAGAGUGUGGGAUAGUUGUUAAUCCCUGGAGUUGAUUUUAUGGAGUUUUGCAAUAUCAGAAGUCAUUUAUUACUGCAUCCUUUAUUCUUAUGGAUGUGUUUCUGGGAAGGUAAGCGUGUUUCUUUGAUUUUGGCUACUAUUGUGCUGUCAGUGCUCAUCUCAUGCUUGGUAUUCUUCCUUGUUGAUUUCAGCAUGGCUUUCUAAAAUGGUUUAAUUGCUGCUAUACUUUUGCUAUUAUUAUUCUGUGGGAACUAUUCAUGUUUUCCUCUCAAGCCCAGUCACGCUGUCCCCUACAGCAAGUCCUUUGCUUAGCUUUGCUCAGUUUCAGAGCUUUACAUCAAAGGUCGCAAACGAUUGUUGUUGGCCAUCACCCAGCCUGGCAUCAAAGUCCUGUAGAUGUGGCUGAAGUUCUCCCCAACCAACCCAUAGCUCAGCUCACUGGUCGGCUGCUUGUUUCGGAGGAGGGCAUGAAACACUAUGACUUUCUGGCAAGAAGGACUUCAAACCAAUUAAACGCUGUUGUGGUAUCAGUCAAUUACAGGCUGGCACCCAAAUACCACUUUCCAGUUCAGUUUGAAGAUGUGUUUUCAGCAUCCAAGUUCUUCCUGCAGAGCAGGGUGCUCUCCCAGUACGGGGUUGACCCGGCGCGGGUCUGCGUCGCAGGAGACAGCGCCGGCGGCAACCUGGCAGCGGCUGUGGCACAGAAGCUGCUGGAGGACUCUGAAGUCACAAACAAGCCGAAGGCCCAGGCUUUGAUUUAUCCAGCUCUUCAAACUCUUGAUAUGAAUCUGCCAUCUUACGAACAAAAUGCAAACAUGCCCAUUCUGUCCAAGUCGCUCAUGAUCAGGUUCUGGAGCGAAUACUUUACUUCCGAUCCAUCUCUCAGGGAAGCGAUGACCGCCAACCGCUACAUCCCGGCCCAAUGGGGCCACUUGUUUCAGUUCGUGAACUGGAGCACCUUGCUGCCCGACAGGCUGAAGAAGGACCACGUUUACACCGGCCCGGUGUUUGGGAGCCCCGCGCUGACAGAGAAGUACCCGGGGUUGCUGGACCCGCGGGCAGCCCCACUGCUGGCAGCAGAGGCACAGCUGCGGGGGCUGCCCCCCACCUACAUCCUCACCUGCCAGCACGAUGUGCUGCGGGAUGACGGAUUCAUGUAUGCCACGCGCCUCAGGGCGGUGGGUGUUCCUGUCACACACGAGCACGCUGAGGACGGCUUCCACGGGGCGCUGGCGUUUGUCACCAGCCCGAUGGACAUGGCCGUGGGGCACAGGCUGAUGAGCAGCUACUUGCAGUGGCUGGAGGAGCAUCUGUAGCCACAGAGGGGUGCUGCAACACAUCUGGCUCUUGGCUGGGUGCAGCUGAGCUGGGUGCGGGAGAAUGGGGUCUGUUUGCUUUGGGUGUGGUUGCUGUAUUCUGUGCUGCCUUGAGGUGUCUGCAUAGCAUUUCUUGUCAUCUCCAUCAGGAAAACGAGCUUGAUCCAACAUGUGCUUUUUUGGUGCUGCCUUCUGAGCUUAGGACCCAGCACUGCCUGGGGACCCCUUUCCUGGCUGACCCCCAUCAGGCUGUGCCUGGUCCCCACUGUGCAGCUGCCUGAGCUUGGUGGGCAGUGCUCCCAUUGCAGCCUGCCUGGCAAAGCGUAGGGCCCAGCUGGGCAACUUUUAAUCCCUUCCCACUGCUGUGUCACAGCAAUGGGCUUGUGUCAGCAUGUGCCAUCACCAUUUCACACAGCUGCUGCUUCUGUCUGCUCACCCCUACCCCUUGUGCCAGGUGCUCCACAAGCAGCAGAGGAGCAGUGGGCAGACCCAGCGUGAGUGGCAGCAGUGGAAUCUGCCCACUGCAUCCCUGCUGCCAGCCCUGCAGCACAGCUCCAGGUGAGCACCACAAGACCGAAGGGGAUGGCUGCGAGACGAUGCAAAUACUAAAAAUCUGCACCCAUCUUACUCAGUAAUUGCCUCCAUUAGGCUCUGUAAUAGAAGGAAGUAGUGUGACUGAACAGCUCUGGGUGCCCAUCAGAUAAGGGAAGGGUGCAAAGGUCCUGCCCUUAGAGCAACACUGCUCUGCAAUUAUGUUCUGCUUACUAAAUAAGUGUCAUGUUCUUGUUAUCCCUAUCACUGUUACGCAGUUUUUAAGAAUAAAAUUAGGCAACAUUAUAGGUUUGAAGAAGACAGAGUUCAGCACAGUUCUGAAUGAAUAUUCUAUGUAGAGGUGCUCUCUGUUUUAAAUACGAGUCCCUGAACUUGAGUGGUGAGCACACACGUUGGUGGGCUGUUGGUCUGAAGGUGGUUGCAAAACACCACCAACGAACAUGCAGCAUCCUGUUUCUUUUGCACAAAAGCUACUGCACAAGUGCUGUUUUUUCCAUGUGUGUAUGCAGGCGUUUAGAUGGAAUUAUGUCAGGGUUGCUGUAUUUUUGUCUUAUGUUGAAUACAAAAAACUUUUCUGAUUCUAAUGCAGUGUUAUUCUUUUCCAAUAAACGGAAUACAUGGGUGACAGAAA